AUGGCGGCUGUGUCAUCCUUGAGACGUACCAUGUCGCGGCAGACGACAAGAGCAUUUCUCCUCACAUCCAACCCUUUCAUCAAACUGUCCUCGAGCAGGCUGAAAGAAGCUGGAGUUGCCUGGAACCUGAGCUCGGCCCUGGAAGGGCGCGGCCGCGCCCUCUUCUCAACCACACUACACCAGCAACGACAACGGCAACGACAAUCACUAGACGACCUCCCAAACCGCAGAACCUUUCGCCUCAAGGAUGCUCCUGCUCGUGAACUCCUUUGUCUGGAAUGGUCUCAACCACCGCGCAAUCUGCUCCUGAUCAAGAAAGAAUUUUCCGAGCAAACGACUGAGGCUCUCAAGGAAUUCAGCAAUCAUGUCAUGACGACCUAUCCUGAUGUCAAUAUUCUCGUGGAGCCACAAGUCUCUGCCGAGAUUGGCGAUGCCCUGCCGAGACAUCACUGCAGCCCCCACGGCUCACCUUUAUCCAGACAGCAGUACCAAGACAAGGUCGACCUCGUUGUCACUUUUGGCGGUGAUGGGACAAUAUUGCACGCGGCAUCCAUAUUUGCCACGGCUCCGGAAGUACCUCCGAUACUGUCCUUCAGCAUGGGUACCCUCGGCUUUCUGAGUGAAUGGAAAUUCGCCGAGUACAAGCGGGCUUUCCGAGAAGUAUACAUGUCAGGCGCAGCUUCUGAGCGGCACACCGUCAUCCAAAGCUCCUCGACCACCCAACAAGACUCCAUAGCUGACUGGACAGGCUGGUCUUCUAUCCGGGGCAAGUCAAUGGGUCCGGCGAGAGGUGCGAGAGUGCUGGUACGCCAAAGAUUGAAGGUCGGUCUCUUUGACGCCGGUGGCAAACGACUCGGGAAGGGAGAUCUCUUGCAGGACCUACAUGCGAUGAAUGAAGUGAUCCUGCACAGGGGUCAAGAUCCACAUCUUGCCAUUGUGGAUGUUUAUGUUGGGGGCCGAUUCCUGACUGAAGCCGUGGCAGAUGGCAUAAUCAUCUCCACGCCUACCGGAAGUACCGCUUACAGUCUCAGCAGUGGCGGAAGCAUCAUCCAUCCGCUCGUACCGUCUUUGCUUCUCACACCCAUCUGCCCUCGAAGCUUGAGUUUUCGUCCUUUGGUUCUCCCAGCCACUACGCCUAUCACUUUGAAGCUGAGCGAGAAGAACCGAGGGCGAGAACUCGAGUUCAGCAUUGACGGCAAAAGACAUACUGACGGCAUCGGAGUCGGCACUGAAGUUCAGGUCUCUUGUGAGGAAAUCAGAGACAGCUCUCAAGGUUUCGUUGGCGGCAUUCCUUGUAUCAUGCGCAGAACCACUGCAGGGACCGAGGGAGACGAUGGAUGGGUUGGCGGGCUGAAUGGUCUGCUGAAAUUCAACCAUCCGUUUGGCGAAGAUGGAUGA